AUUAUAUUCAAAAUUGUUACGGAGUUAGUUGUUGUCCAGUAGAAAUUCAGAACUUCCUGGACGAAGUGAAACUGUAGUGAUCUUCACCAAUGUUUAGAUCACAGAACCUUUGAAAUGAUUUAUGGUUCCAUUUCUCCAAUUUCUGACUGAAAUUUUUUGAAUUUUUUUAAAACUACUGUGUUUUCUGAAACGACACGUGGAGCAAAUUUUGGUAAUCUUACUGGGAGUUGAUGGACUACUAAUCGCGUAGGGUUUCUACCUGCUUUCUGGCUGUUCACAGUUGAAGAAGUUGAAUUUGUUAUAAACAAGAAAAUUAGCUUUCCUUUCAGAUAUUUUAAGAAUAAAUUACUGAUAGAUUUAUGUACAUUAUGUGAAUAAAUUAGAAUUAAUUCUCAACGAAUUAAUGUAGUGGCUGAAGAUGUCAUACAUCACACAAAUAAAGUUGGAGGAAUUAAAUUCAAACAGCCUAUGAUAAAUGAUCAUUUUAAGAAAAAAAAGCAUAAUCAAAUAGUGAGAAAUUAGAAUUCAACUUUUAUGGGAGUUCAUAAAGUGUCAUGUCAGCAACGGUCUCCAGCCACUGAUGCGUAGCGUCUUGAGCCCCCCAGACAGGUAGUCUAUACUUACCUACGACGCUCGAGUCAGUAGUGAAAGACUCCAUACAUCGGUGUGACAUCUUAAUCUCACCACACCCCUUCCGGUGUAAUCCUGUGUCAACUAAUGGUGCUUGACGUGGAAGGUGAUAGCAUGUCAUGUGUAAACACGCCUCAGCUAUCUCAAUCCAUGUAGCUCCACAAUUUCAUGGAUUAAUUUCUGCUCCUUACCUAAUCUCUGUAUUACUCCCCAUAUAAUGUAGGAUAUAAUUGCGUUCAGAUGUCAGCUCACUCAGACAUUGCUUACCACAUAGUAUGGGGUAUACUAUAGUCAAGACAGGUCACGGCUUAAAACUUUCUAUUUGUUAAAUACACAUUGUAGUGAAAUUACAUAAGUGAAACAAAUUCAAAAGAGGUUUCAGCGAAAGAAAUUGUCUUCUCGGCCAUAUAUAUACAUGCGGUCAUUUUAGAUCAUUGAACUGAAAAAUUCUGGCGUUGGUGACCGUUUUUCUGCUUAAUACGGCCUUAAUUAAAAGGAGCAGUGUAUUAGCCAAAUAUCCAUUCUUUUAUGUGUUUCGAGGCAUUUCUUUAGACCGCUGACCGGCACUUAUUUGCUGUUAAGAUUGAUUGCAAACAGGUCAUUUGAACGAUACUUCAAGAGCCUAUAGGACGGGAGUUAUGAAAAUUAUACUGUGCUAGCUGAGGUUUUUAUUUGAAUUUAUAUAACUGUGUACCACCCUGUGGAUGGCAGUGUAAUUAAUGACAGCCAAUAGUAUGCGCGAGGGUUGUUCACAAACGUCAUUCCUACCCAGUCUUGUUACGAAUUUUACUCUGCUUCAAAGAACAAAACACUUCUCUGGUCAUAUAAGAGAUUGUUAUUUGUUUUUUCUAUUUCAAUUCAGGAGUAAGUAUUUAUAUGCAGGGUUUAGGGUACCUCCAGGUUGGAAGUCAGUAUUGCGAAACUAACAGCUCUUUCACUGACUUUUUUCAGCACUAAGUUACAGUCAUAGAAUUCACUUAACACUGACUUCUCUUAAGGUCGUGGCAUAAGAUACGACCACUUUUUGGGGUCUGCCUGAUCCAUUAAUUCUUCAUGUCUUUCUUUACUAUUAUUUUUUCUGCUGAAUAUUUCCGUUCAUUAAAGUUUUUUUAGUCCAUUUUCUGUUCUCUACCUGUGUGCUAAUAGGAUUGUAGCAAGUUGGACUGCUCCCAUUUUGUGCCAGGUUCUAUGCUGAAAUUUAGUCAGUCAGUCAGUCAUAUAGUCUUUCUAAAAGAAUUGAACAAAAGUAGCUGAUUCUUUUAGCAAACAUUGUUGCUGUGUAAAAGUAGAAUUCCAUAGCUGACUUUCCAGUUUGCACAGGCUGUAUGUAUAUGGUGAAGUUUUUCGCUAGUAUGACCACUCCAUCUUUUUCAAUAAAGUUGACGACUUUGACUAAAUGCUUUUUACAUCACAUAAUUUGCAUUUCAUGGGAACAUGUGAUACAACUUCUUGGAACCUAAGUAAACAAAAUGAGUGAAAAAGAACAUAUGCCAGAAGCAGCAGAGAAGAAGCAGUUAAAUGAGUUCAUUGCUGAAACUUGUGAACGUCUGUCUUUGAGGACAGCAUUACUAGAGCAAAACUUAGCAGUGGCGGGCAAAUGGCCAGACGAUAGCUUUUUCAUGAAAAAAGACUCAACUUUAAAAAAGAAUACUGCUUUUGUUAAAAAAGUUAGAAAUUUUCUUGAUAGCCAGAAAGAUGUUCUUCUGUCUGAGUUCGAGUCCUUAAAUCUUUCUAAAUAUGUUGAAGAAGUAGCAACUGCAAUUGUUGAGGCAAAAAUAAAAAUCACUGACAUUCCAUUUAUGCUGAAAUUGUGUUCAGCUAUGUACCAACGCUAUUCAGAUUUUGGUGCAUUAUUUUUCGAUGCAUGGAAAAAAUCAUUUUCGUCACAUAAAGAUUUAAAGAAUGCUAAUCUUUCCAAGCUUCGAGUUGACUUGGCCUUGUUUGCUGACCUUAAUACAAUUGGUAUAUUUCGGGAGACUGAUAGCAUCCGACUAUUAGCUGGACAAUUGACUAUCUUAGCAGCAAAUGAUCACGAAAACUUCUCUAAUAUUGGGAUACUUAGUAGCUUCUGUCGACAUUGCAGUGACGAUUGGAUUGGAGUUAUUCCACGUCGCAUAAGACUAUUAUCUGAGAAGUAUGAAGUACCUAUCCCACGUUCCACCUUUAUGUCAUCUGAGCGUCAAAUGAAGUGUCGUACCCUUUUCAACGACUAUCUGGCAGCUGCUAUGCGUCGUCUGCAGAGUAUGGUGAAAGAAACCCAGCGAAUCAUUUCAGCAAAUCGUGAACAACUAGAAAAUCGUGGAGAAGUGAGUGAAGAACGCCAAGAACGAGCAGAAAAUUUAAUGUCAACCUGUCGUAAAUUUCAUGAGUCAAUAAGUAGUUUGGCUGAUCUUUUGGAUGCAGAUCCACCCUUGGAAUUUUCAUCUUUAAUUAUAGAUGAAUCUACAACAGAUUCGAUUGUAGUUGAUUCAGCUGAAAAGGAUGCAAAAGAGCAGAUUAGUCUUUUUGAAGAUGAGGAUACUCGUUUGUUCUACGAAAGUCUACCAGAUAUUAAGGCAAUGGUACCUGCUAUCCUUUACAAAGACAGUGAACAGGCUAAUAUUGAAUCAAAUCAAACAAAGGAUGAAGAUGUCGAUUCUGUGAACAAUGAAGAUAUCGACAUUGAUACAGUUGAAUCAGAGUUGGCCAAAGAAGAAGCGCUGAUUAAAGUAUCCGAUGAUAGCAAUGAAUCGUUGAAUGGAUCAUCAGUGCCUGAUAAAACUAAACCGUCCAUUUUGAACAUUGAUGAUGUUGGUGAAGAAGAUCCAAAUUCAUCGGGUAGAGUUCUCAUGGAGACAUUUUUGACUCAGCUGCCAAACUGUAUUAAUCGUGAUCUUAUCGAUAGAGCAGCUAUAGAUUUUUGUUUGAAUUUAAAUAAACGUGCAAAUCGUCGACGCCUUGCAAAAGCUUUAUUUAAUGUUCCAAGAACACGUUAUGAUUUAUUACCGUUCUAUGCACGGUUUGUAGCUGCACUAGCACCUGUAAUGCCUGACUUAGUCCAGGAUAUUAAUUCUAUGCUGACAGCAGAAUUCCGUUGGCGUGUUGCCAAGCGUGAUCAGAUAAAUAUUGAAUCCAAGCUGAAAGUGGUUCGAUUUAUCGGUGAACUUGUAAAAUUCAGUGUUUAUCCAGCUCAUCAAGCGUUAACCUGCUUGAAACAGCUAUUACCACAAUUUGUACAUCAUAAUAUUGAUAUGGCAUGCGCCCUGUUAGAUACAUGUGGACGUUUCCUCUAUCGGCUGCCUUUAUCGCAUAAACGUACAAAAGUUUAUUUAGAAGUAAUGCUUAGAAAGAAAAUUGCCUUACACAUGGAUCAACGUUAUUCAAUUAUGAUUGAGAAUACUUAUUAUUAUUGUAAUCCACCGUCAACUGAUCGUCAGAUUGUUGAACCAAUAAAGCUGUCACCUGAAAUGGCGUUUUUGCGUCAUACUUUGCUAACAACAUUAGAUCGUACCAAUGUCAAUUCUGUCCUUCGAUUAGUUCGAAAGAUGGAUUGGGAGGAUCAAGAACUUGUUGACUAUGUGUCCAGUCUUUUUACUAGAGCAUGGGAGAUACGUUUUACUAACAUUAAUUGUUUAUCCAGCGUGUUAUCUGGACUAGCUGUCUACCAUCCAGACUUUGCGACAAUUAUUGUAGAUAACGUCAUUGAAGAUAUUCGUAUGGGAAUGGAGCUUAACCUACCAAAUUUGAAUCAACGUCGAAUUGUCAUGGUUAAAUACCUUGGUUUGUUGUACGCUUACUGUCUGGUGGAUUCACCAGUCAUCUUUAAAACGCUCUACUCACUUCUCACAUUCGGUGUCAGUUUGGAUCCUGACUAUCCAAGUAUCAUUGAUCCUCCAGAUUCAUUGUUCAGGAUUGUUUUGAUCUGUACACUACUUGGAACAUGUGGGAGUUACUUUGAUCGUGGGAAAAAGAAGCGUAAAUUGAAUAUUUUCCUUAUCUAUUUCCAGCGUUACUAUUGGUUCAAACGUUCCCUUCCCAUAUGGGUGCAGUUGGAUAAUGAUUCCGUAUCUCAGUCUGCUAAAUCAGCACAAAAUGAAUCAGCAAAUGAUCGUCAAAAUGUUAAGACAGAUUCAUCUAUUGCAGAACAAGUGUCAAAUCAAAUUGGGGAUUCAUCGGUACCUGCUACCACAGAACAAUCGAACGACAACCUGCAUAACCCCUCCGGUGAUAGUCAAACACCCUUACCUGCUUUUAUUCCUAUACGUUUUCCUAUUGCAGUAGAACAACAAUAUUUUGAAACUUUGCAAGAAUUACAUGUGAAUAUUGCAAAAGCAAAAAAUUUUGCACAAGCCCAACGUCUUGUUAGUCAUUUAGAGGCUCGUUGUUUGCCUCGUCUUGCAUCCCUUAAGGCUACAUAUGGGCUGAUGAAUGAAUCAGAAAGUAUGGCGAAUGGUGAUCAAAUGCAGCACUCAGCUGUUGAAAAUAGGUCACUACGAGCCAUCGGUCCAGGUCAUAUGGACGCGAUUGCUGAAGAGGCUGAACAAGAAGACGGUGAUUUACAACUAGAUGAAGAUGAGUAUGCAAUGGAUGAUGAUGAUUUUUACGAAGAUGACGAUGAUGAAGCUGAUGAAGAAGCUGGGGAUGAAGAUGAUAGUCGAAAUCAACGUCAUCGUCAACCUGCUACUGAUCUUAUAGACGUAGUCGAUGGUGGUAGUAAUCGUUGUCGUGGUCGUAUUGAUAGUGGACAGAGUCAAGGGGAUGACACUGAGCCGAUAUUGAUGAAUGGUAUAGAGAAAACAGAAGAAAAAGAUAUCGAUGAACAGUAUCAAAAUGAUACUGUUAAGCCUAAAUAUAUUGAAUGUCCUGAAGAUACUGAAUUCUGUGAAGCUUUCGAUAAACUUAUGGCCGAGACAUUAUUAUCCUCGUCUGUGCCUGCAAGUAUUAACACGUCAGCAAAUGUGACUAGUAGUGUCAAUAUGAAUACUGACACGAAUACUGGGUCAUCUCGUUCUGCAGCUAUGAUGAAUGCUCUACCUACUCCAGAUGUACUUCAACUGGCAGCAGCAAAAAUUCGUUUAUCGACUAAUACACAAGGGAAUUUAACGACACAUAAAUCUGGUCAACAGUUAAGCGUGCAUAAUAGCUCUAUUAUUCAAUCGAUGCAGACAAAAUCUAAUGAUGGUAAUAUCAAAUCAAGUAAUCCAGUUACAUCCACGGAAGGAAAUUGUGAAGAUGAUCAGAAUAUUGUACCAUUCACACUGAUAUCACGUCGUGGAAAUAAACCUCAUCUAGUACCAUUAGCUGUGCCUGAUUCAGUACAAUUUGCAGCACGUUAUAUACAGACUGCUGCAGCUGAACGGGAAGAAAAGGCAAGAAUGAAACAACUUGUUCUUGAAAUGCACGAAGCUCAAAAAGAAGAAGAAAUGGAAUGGGGUCAAUUUGGUGAUCCAGAUGCUGUUUUGGCUCAUCAAUUUCCCAUAAAUGUUAACCGAGACUAUUGGGUGAAGUAUAAUCAUCCAAGAGGGGCACCAGACGCUGACGCAGUUUUUGGAACACCGAGUCAAAAACGAUGUGCCAAUUGAGCAUAUCAUCUCAAACGAUUAGAUUACUUAUUCAUCAUGACGGAUCUUCUGAUUUGAAAAGUGGGAUAUAACCAACCAACCUUAACAAGCGACAGGCAUAAAUUGUUCAAAAGAAAAUCCAACGAAAUUAGUAUUGUCAGUGUGCGUGCGUGUGUGCAUGUGUGUGUGUGUGUAUGUGUGCUCGUGUAACACAAACACACACACGCGCAUACACACACAUUGUGUGUUGUGGUUGUUCUAUGGGUGCUUUUGCUGACAAGUGUUCGAGUACAGUUGUUAACUAACGAACAAGUGAACAGAAAACAAGUUUUUGAAAAUAAAAAUUUGAUAAUAAUAAUAAUAACCAAUAUAAGAAAAAUGUAUUUUCCAUCUUCUUUCUUAUCUUCAAUCUACAUAUUCAUAUUAAAGAAUAUUAUCGCCUUUCCAUCGUUCUUGUUCAAAAGACGAUUAGUUGAAUGAUGCCUUGUUACCACUGAAUUUCUGAUUGUGGAUAGCUGAAUGAAUGAAUGAGAGGUGGAGAUUUAGUCGUGUUCACAGUUGUUGUCCUUUUCUUAAUUAAUUUCUGCUUAAUUUUAUUGUUACCCACGCCACACACACACACACACUGCACAAGAAAUUAUCAUAUUCCUUCAGGAAUUAUCUAUAGGCAUACUCUUGUUGUUGUGGCCUUCUAUCUCUCUCUCUCUCUCUCUCUCUGUGUGUGUCUCUUCGCAUCUUCUUUCCAAUACUUGUCAUGUACUGGCGCCCAGUUAUGUUUCAUAUUUAUAUAUAUAAAAUUUAUGAUAUUCUAAUAUUCAGAGAAAACAUUUACUGAGAUUGUUUAACACUGUUAUGAAUGUGUCUGUAUUUCUCCUCAUGUUUUUUGUAAAGAUAUUGAUUUUCUACAAUGUG